AAACCAGCAACAUGAGUUCAGCUAUCCAGAAGGUGGAGGCUCUGGAUACUCAGCGGAUGGUCCGAGUUCAUUGGGAAGAUGGUGGUGAAUCAUUGUACCCUGCCGUUUGGUUGAGAGAUAAUUGCCAGUGCUGUGAUUGCUACCUCAGUUCCGCAAAGGCUCGGAAACUUCUUAUCGAAGCCCUGGACAUUAACACUGGUGUAAAGAGCCUGACUUUGACAGAAAAAAAAAAGGUCCACAUUAUAUGGCCUGAUGAACAUUCCAGUGAAUUUGAAGCUGCCUGGCUGAAGAAAAGGUGUUUUUCUCAAAAAUCUAGAGCAAAAUUCCAACAAGAAUUAUUCUUUCCAGAAUGCCAGUAUUGGGGCUCAGACCUGCAGCUUCCUACCAUGGGUUUUAAAGACAUUUUAAGCAGUGAUGAACAUGCGUAUAAUUGGCUGUCCACCCUGAAGAAAGUAGGCAUUGUGCGGCUAACGGGAGCUUCUUCCAAGCAAGGAGAAGUGGCUAAACUUGGUAAAAGGAUCGGCUUCCUGUACCUCACAUUUUAUGGGCAUACUUGGCAAGUACAGGACAAAAUAGAUGCUAACAAUGUGGCUUACACAACUGGAAAGCUGAGCUUUCACACUGACUACCCAGCUCUGCAUCAUCCACCUGGGGUUCAGUUUCUUCAUUGCAUAAAGCAAACAGCCACUGGUGGUGAAAGUGAAGUUGUUGAUGGCUUUAACGUGUGCAGAAAACUGAAGGAACAGAAUCCUAAGGCAUUUCAAAUCCUCUCUUCAACCCUGGUGGAUUUUGCAGACAUUGGGAUUGAUUACUGUGACUUUUUAGUGCAAUCCAAGCACAGAAUCAUUGAGCUCAGUGAUGGAGGCCAAGUGGUUCGUAUUAACUUCAAUAAUGCCACUAGAGACUCAGUGUUUGACAUACCUGUGGAAAAUGUGCAGCCAUUUUAUGCCGCCUUGAAAGAGUUCGUUGACCUUAUGAGCAGUCAAGAAUCCAAAUUCACCUUCAAGAUGAACCCAGGUGAUGUGAUAACAUUUGAUAACUGGCGCUUACUGCACGGUCGACGCAGCUAUGAAGCAGGGACAGAAAUAUCACGCCAUCUUGAAGGUGCCUAUGCUGACUGGGAUGUGGUAAUGUCAAGACUCCGUAUUUUAAAGCAAACGAUCCAGUACGGAAAUUGAAUUUUCACUCCAGAAUUUAAAUCACAGUAACACUAAUAAAGACAGCCAGUUCUUUGGGAUAUGACCAGCAAUACUUUGAGAUAGGCCUAUAUAUGUACUGUCCAAAUACCACAAUCAGUAUAAAAUCCAAGUCUUGAUAACCUCAUUUUCAAAUUAGAGUUUUGUGAUUAAAAUAUGACCUGUCAUUCAA